AUGCCUCCACGUCGGGCGCAUACCAAGUCUCGCAAUGGCUGCGACCAAUGCAAGCGACGUCGCGUCAAGGUGAUUUCCUCCGUCCCUGAAUAUCAUUACAAUACUUUCUCUCUCGGCCCUGCGUUACCCGUGAAAGAUAAUCUCCCCCCCCCUCCUUCCCCUGACGCAACGCAGUGCGACGAAAAAGGACCCCCCUGCUCGAACUGUAUUUCGCGCGAGCUCAACUGUACCUAUUUAAGAGCCCCGCCGCGCGAUGCAUCAAGUAGCACGCGAAGACGUAAUACUGUGCCUCUCCCGGCAAGAGAAUUGGAGAUUCCUCGCCCGUUGGCGCCCAUCAGUCCCGCCUCCACUCCAUCUGCCAUCUCCGGGGUACGGGAUCUGGAGUUGAUGCAUAAGUUCGCUACGGAGACAUUCAGCACCGUCAGUACCUCCGAGUCGAAAUUUCAUGUCUGGCAAAUUGUCAUUCCGCGGCUGGCUCUGCAACAUGAUUUUUUGAUGAACGGCAUUCUGGCCUUGGCGGCCUUGCAUAUAGCCACGACCACGGAUUCGCCCACCUCCCUAGCGUAUAUCGAUACCGCCCUGCAGUAUCACAAUUUGUCAUUCGCGCCCUUUCGUGCAGCUAUCGACAAUCUUACGCCGCAGAAUUGUGAGGCUGUACUCGCGCAAUCGAUCGUCACAACGGUAAUUGGCAUCGCGUUGCCCCGAGUCACGGCCCCGCGCGAUGAUAAUCCCAAUAUGAUCGAGAAUAUGCUCGUGGUGUUUGAGCUCCUGCAAGGUGUAAAGAAGAUUAUUCUCAUCGGCCGGUCCUGGAUCAAAAUCAACCUUUACUCCCGCCAAAGGGAACUGUACGAGUCCAGUCCGCCUGAACUGGACAGUGACACGUCCACUGCUUUCGAUCGACUCGCCUUAUUGAAUGAAGAGACCAGGGCCAGUAUGGACGAGCAACAAUAUCAGAUCAAUAAAGACCUUAUCGAUCAUCUUCGGCAGUGUUACGCCUUGUAUGCGAGUUCAAAAGAUCCCGGGGAAGUGCUUGCAUGGCUAGCGGCUGUCGAUAAGGAAUUUGUGGAUACCGUGAGGCGCCGACAGCCGCUGGCAUUACUGAUCCUCAUGCACUGGGGUGUGUUGCUGGGCGAGCUGGAUGGUCGGUGGUGGUGGGCUCAGAAUUCGGGCAAGUCUUUGGUUUUGGAGUUGCUGCGUAUAUCACUACCGACGGACGCGGAUGCUCGGUGGACUGAAGUCAUGUCGUGGCCUCAACGAAAGAUAGGACUAUGA